GAUGAAUGGAUUUAAUGGCCGGAAUUGUUCUGGAAAGCUGAAAAUAAAUGUGGUCCAAGUCAAGUACUGGGAGCAGGUAAAACACCAGUAAGAGACCAUGAAUGAAUCUUCUCAAACGCUAGUAGAGAAAUCAUUCACGUUUGAGGACUGUGGAGGCUCUCAGUCCUUAACUGUGUCUAUUCCUGAGGUUCUUGAUCCACAAUAUGGGAUGUAUGUUUGGCCCUGUGCGGUGGUACUGUCACAGUAUGUGUGGAUGGCAAGAAGUGAACUACAACACAAGACCGUUCUUGAGCUCGGUGCUGGAGUGAGUUUGCCUGGUGUGGUGGCUGCCAAGUGUGGAGCUCGUGUGAUUUUGUCAGACAGUGCUGAGCUCCCCCUCUGCCUGAGGAACUGCUGGCGCUCCUGUGACGUCAACCACCUCCCCAACGUACCUGUGAUCGGACUCACCUGGGGACAGGUAUCACCAGAGCUCCUCUUGCUGCCACCUGUGGAUGUUAUCUUGGGAUCAGAUGUAUUCUAUGAACCUGAGGAUUUUGAAGAUGUGCUUGUGACCGUCUCCUUUAUUGUGAGGAGAAACCCUCAUGCUCAGCUCUGGACUACCUACCAGGAGAGAAGUGCGGACUGGUCCAUAGAUGCCUUGUUACAUAAGUGGGAUCUGAAGUGCAUUAAUGUUCCAUUAGAAACAUUUGAUGCAAACAAAAACCAUCUCGCUGGAUCAACGCUUCCAGGGAAUCAUACUGUACAAAUGAUGAUUAUAACAAGACAAGUGUUUUAAUACAUGUGUUUGAAU